AUGUCCAUGCCCAAUCCUUACGGCCCAAACCCGCAUGAUUACCUCUCCAACGUCAACAAGUUCGAAGUCAUUGAGUCGACGUUGCGUGAAGGUGAGCAGUUUGCCAACGCCUUCUUCACCACCGAAAAGAAGAUCGAGAUCGCCAAGGCCCUCGACGACUUUGGUGUCGACUACAUCGAAUUGACGUCUCCUGUUGCCUCCGAGCAGUCGAGAAGAGACUGUGAGGCGAUUUGCAAGUUGGGGUUGAAGGCGAAGAUCUUGACCCACAUUCGUUGUCACAUGGACGAUGCUCGUGUUGCCGUUGAAACCGGUGUAGACGGUGUCGAUGUGGUGAUUGGCACGUCGCAGUUCUUGAGAAAGUACUCGCACGGCAAGGACAUGAACUACAUUGCUCAGAGCGCCAUUGAGGUGAUUGAGUUUGUCAAGUCCAAGGGCAUUGAGAUCCGUUUCUCGUCUGAGGACUCCUUCAGAUCCGACAUUGUGGAUCUUUUGAACAUCUACAAGACUGUCGACAAGAUCGGCGUCAACAGAGUUGGUAUUGCUGAUACUGUUGGCUGUGCCAAUCCCAGACAGGUGUAUGAGCUUGUCAAGACGUUGAAGUCGGUUGUGUCUUGCGACAUUGAGUGUCACUUCCACAACGACACGGGUUGUGCCAUUGCCAACGCCUACACUGCUUUGGAGGCCGGUGCCAAGUUGAUUGACGUUUCCGUUUUGGGCAUUGGCGAGAGAAACGGUAUCACUCCUCUUGGUGCUCUCAUGGCUCGUAUGAUCACCGCCGACAGAGACUAUGUGCUCGGCAAGUACAAGUUGCACAAGCUCAGAGACUUGGAGAAUUUGGUUGCUGACGCUGUGCAGGUGAAUAUCCCAUUCAACAACCCUAUCACUGGUUUCUGUGCUUUCACCCAUAAGGCUGGUAUCCACGCCAAGGCCAUUUUGGCUAACCCUUCCACGUACGAGAUUUUGAACCCUUCGGAUUUCGGUCUCACCAGAUACAUCCACUUUGCCAACAGAUUGACGGGAUGGAACGCCAUUAAGCUGAGAGUCGAUCAGUUGAACUUGCACUUGACCGACGACCAGUGCAAGGAAGUCACCCACAAGAUCAAAUUGUUGGGUGACGUGAGACAGUUGAACAUCGACGAUGUGGACUCCAUUAUCAAGGACUUCCACGCUGAAUUGGGCACGCCGCAGUUGAAGCCUUCUACCAACGGCCAGGCGGUUCCCGAUGUGGAAGCUGACGGUGCUGCUGCUGCCGAUGCUGCCGAUGCUGCCGAGCAGCCAGCUGCAAAGAAACAGAAAUCGGAGUAA